AUGUGCAAACACGUCCUCAACGCCCAAAGCUAUCCUCAGUACUCACCAUCCUCAUCCUUCCAGGCCGAAAAUGGUUCGACUGCGCCGAAUGCCACCUUGAACAAGAAACCCACCCGCUCACCAAAUCCACCGAAAUGGUAUUCCCACAACCCCCGCUACCCGCAAAAUCAGCCUCUAAACCGUUAUCCCCAGAUAUUCGCCUGUAAAAAGUGCAAGAAGUGUUUCCGGAAGGACGCGACGGAGUUCGAUGAGAGGUGCGUUCAAGCUCAAUGGCCCAGGGUGCUCGGAGAGUGCGCUUGUGACUCCGAGGGCUCUCAGGCGAGGAUGUCAGGUGCUGAUAACUACGGUAGCGACGAGUACUGCCCGCACUGCGAUAACCACUUUGUGAUCGACGCUGUGACGCCCAAGGCCGCGUUGCAGGUUGAGGGUGACGACGCUCGGAUUGAUUCUAGAAUGAUCAAGGACGACCGUGUACGGGAACACAAGGAAAAGUCGAUAUUCAGUUUCAAGGAUAUAUCAGAUCGGCUAGGCUGA